AUGGAGAGACAACGCCAGGCUGGGGAACCCUAUGGAACGCAAAGCGGUCUCUCAGUACUCGAGAAGACCGUUCAGCGUCCCACAAUUAUCCAUUCGUGGAGCUCUUGCAGUCCUGGUCUUUCUAAGCCCUGGGAGCGAUCUCAGCAGAUCCGCUAUACUGGGCGUUUUGUUGUCUAUGGAUGGAAGACUGGUGAUACGAUCGGACGAAAAGCUCGCGAAUCUCGGCAAUCAAAUCGUGACCCCGCGGCGGUAACCGAGCGGAGCAACGAGUUUUUCUUAUCAGAAUAA